AGAAGCAGAGGUGCAAGCGCAAGAGGAAAAUUUUUCAAAAUGGCCAACUUUUGCGGAGCCGUGGUCGAAACGCGAGUGCUUGUCGCGCGUAUUGUUGCGUAAAAAGAAUACAAUUUUCCUCCGGAAAACGGCUCCGGGCCGGGCUAAGUGUGUCGCGAAUCGAAUCGGCCACCGGAUGGACGCGUGCGGAUGCGAGAGUGCGUGAAAAUAGCGCCGGAAAUGUGGAGAAAAUCAACGUUUUUCUGUCCCCCCGUUGAGUGUGUAGCAAAAAAAAGUGAGAUCAGUCGAGAGAUCAAAGGAAGCGAAAAAAAGAAGUGAGAAAGCAUAAUGUUGUCAGUUGUGUGAGAAUAUUAGUGGUGUAUUUUACGGAUUAUUUCGAUUUGCUGGAAGCAGCUGAAGCGCGCCAGCCGCCAGAAUCCAGAUUAGCGGAGCAGUAGCCGAUCCGUCGGGAUUGUAGCAGUUGGAACUAAGGUUUACAAAUCGGCCAAAACCCGCUUCAAUGUCUGUAAUGUGACGAGGUUUGAGAGAGAAAAAAAAAAAUAACUAAAUGGUGUGUUGUUUCGUUUGAAGUCGGAACCGAUGGAAAGCGGCGGCUUAAUCCGUACACACGUUCACAAAGGCACCGAAGAGUAAAACCUGGCGCACAGGCAGGCAAAGGCGAAUGAAAGUGGCCAGAAAAAUGAAGAAUUUGUAUAGUGCUAAAAGAAGCAACGAGGGGUAGUAGUAGCAAAGCAAAACCUUGGUGAAAAAUUGAUGGGUUUUUUUCCUCACUUUUGUUUCGAACCGUGCUGCUUGCUGUGUGCGAGUGUGUGUGUGUUUCCAAGCAGCUGUUUCUAUUCAGCUCGGAUCGUCUCCGUCAGUCAUGACAAAACAGUAAUUAGAGAAUACAAAACAUUCGAUGCACUGGAGGCUUUGAACGAAGAAGAAUACUAUUUAAUAAAAAUAUUGAAAGCAGCCCGAAGAAAAAGAAAAUAAUUGCAACCCUCGACUAAUGGUGAGAAGGUGAGAUUGUAGCAGUGUUAGUGGAAGUGCUAGUGCCAGAAGAACGUCACAGUUUUUGUUAGCUCCCAAACAGAGAUGCCCAGCGUGUGUGUUUGUGCCAGUGAGCAAGAAGAAAAUUCGACUGCAUGAAGCAAAGGUAGAAAACAGAUAAUAAAGAUUGCCCCGAGCGUCAGCAAGCAAGCGAGCGAGGCAGGAAGAAAACAAAAUUGGAAAAAAGUAGGAGGAAAACUCCUCCGCUUCUGCCCAUCGUUCGUGUCGCCUCCGUCAAUCAUCAAUCAAUUUGUAAUUUGCCUACCGACACUACGAAGCAGGGCGGGUUGCGUUUCCGCUUGCGGUGCCUCCUUGGCCUGUGGGACAGCAGGGCAGGUAUCGGGGCAUCGAGCCAAUCUGUCGGGCACGAACUCGUGCUCGACCAGCCAGCAGGGAAGGUGUAACUCGUUGGUCAACUACAACUAUUCAUGUGGAAUUUACUAAAGCAGAUAUCCUCGAUUGCUUCCCUAGCUGCCGAACACGAACAACAACUAACACGGUCGCGUAGAUGAAGCCCACUAAGCCACGGCUAGACUUCCGUGUCUAGUGCAGCAGCGCUCCAGCGAACUGGCGUUCCCGGUUGCGGCCACCAUCACCACCACCACCCCAGUAGUUAACCUAGAGCAGCAAAACGGCCACCAGCAACGGCCAACGGUCAGGGGUCUCACCUGGGGUGCUAGGUUCGAUCUUGAGGGGCUAAUAUGGCCACACCGCCAACCGAGGGCGAAAUCAGAGUGGGUCCCGGCCAUCAGGCAACAUUACCAGACUACCAACCAAUUGAAAACUACCGCUCCGAGGACGAUGAAGAUCGCGACCUAGAGGAUCCAAGAUGGACCCCCGGCAUCUACAUUGACAACGAUCUGUUGAUGUACCUGACCGCUGCUCGGUCAAUUUCCGCAUUUCAGGGCAUGUGUGAAGAGGAUGGUUGCAUGGCAGCUAGUCGCGACGAUACUACGAUAAAUGCAUUUGAUGUUCUACAUGAUUCUGGUUACGACGCCGGUAAAGCACUAGAAGCUCUACUGAAGUGUCCGGUGACGAAGGGAAUCGACAAAAAGUGGACAGAGGAGGAAACCAAACGUUUCAUCAAGGGGCUUCGCCAGUUUGGGAAGAAUUUUUUUCGCAUACACAAGGAUCUACUGCCCCACAGAACUACGCCCGAACUAGUGGAAUUCUACUAUCUGUGGAAGAAAACGCCGGGUGCGAACAACAACCGGCCGCACCGCCGUCGACGGGCCGGCUCGUUGCGAAGACGCAAUACGCGUACCAACAGUAAUGCUAGCAGCAACAAUACACCGCCAAAUAGUAACAAGAAGGAAUCAACGCCAGAACCGGCCGUGACAGAAUCAUCACGGCCGUCCCCCGUGUCCAAGGAGGAGAAUAGCUCCGUCACCGAGGACGAUAUCAGCGAGUGCGACAGUGAUUCGAGCGCCACCAAGGCAAUCAAGGAAAGUAACAGCAGCAGUAGCAAUAGUGGCGGCAGCAGUUGGAGCAACAACGGCUUCAGCAGCGGCAGCAGCAGCAGUGGAGGAGGGGGUGAAGCGGGCGAGGAUUCACCUUCGAGGAUGAGAACUCGCCAGAAACCGACUGCGAAAGAGCAGCAACAGCAAGCGAACGCCAAUAAUAACGCUUCCAGUGGUAAACGUCCCAAGCGGGGCGGUAACGAAACACCCGAAACGACACCGAUUGAUAGUCCGAAGACGCCUAGCAAAAAGGAAGAAUCCUCAGGUAAAGGGCAGAAAGGAAAAAGCAGAACGGAUACACCAAGCAAGGGCAAAAAGAGGGCCAAUGAAUUGGAUCCAGAUGGCAGUGAUGAGAAAGAUAGUCAAAAGCGCAAACGAUCUGAUAGCCCUACAGAAAGUUUUACAACCGACAGUCGACCUGGAUCAGUGCUGGAUGAAGCCGAAUCGAACAGUGAAGCGGCCACUGAGGUCAGCAUCAACGUUAGUGCAGCGGCUGCUACACCAACAGCGCCAUCCUCUAAGGAAGAGGAGAAGGAUCCACUUUCUCUUGGACCUGCAGCAGAACCGAUGGCUACAGAAUCUCCCGAGAGUAGCAAUCCGGCAUCAUCUAUUACCAAAACCGGUGAUGAGAAAGAAGAAGACAGUACGGUUACAGCAGCUGCAGCUUCACUUACUGCGGCCUUGCCGACCGCAGCUGAUGCUGCCAAACUUCCUGAAACAGAGGAUAUUACGCCACCUUCAACGGCGACGCCAACACCGGUAGCAACACCUGCUCCGGCGACGAUUCCGACGCCGGAAGAGACAAUGGCCGCUAUUCCGACAGCGGUAGCUGAAGAGCCACCGGAGAAGGCAGCCGAAAUAUCUCCCACCGCACCGGUGCUAGCUCCGGAAUCGUGUGCAGCGGCUGCCACCGGAUUGGUUCAUCCGGGGCCUGGACAAGCUCCUAAUGAACAGGAGAUGCUCUCUAAACUUGCCAAUAUGAAACAGGAAAUUAACGCCCAAAGUGGUGCUUUAGCUACAGAAUUUAACACAAAAGAUGUGUUUAUUAAGAAAGAACCAGGUGAGGAGCUUCCCGAGAGUCAGCCACAACCUAUCGAACAACCUCAAGAUCUUAAACUGAAAAUUGAAGUUAAAUCGGAGGCAAAAUUAAUGAGAGAGACAGGGACACCUGGGCAUGGAGAUGCUCCUUCUGACGGUACCAAAUAUGAUCCAGAGAAUUUAGUGAUGAAGCCAGCAUAUGAGAGCCAUAUCAAGUAUGGUCCACCAGAUGAUGGUAUGAAGUAUGGUGAUAUGAAAUACCCGCCGCAGUCGUCUGACAAUGCGAUGAAAUACGGACAAGACGAACCGCUAGAGUAUGACAUGAAACGGUUUAUGGAGCCUGGGAAAUAUCCUCCACAAGACAGUGCUCUUUCGAUGAAAAUUGCACCUCAAUCGGGACAUCUAAACUCGGGCCCUGGUGGUCCUCCAGAUGGUCAACUUCCGAAAGGAUAUCCACCAGAUUUGAUGGGGCUAAAUAUGAAAUACCCACCAGCCGAAGAACGUCCCAAGUUCACUCACUCACCAGCAUCGGAUAGUGGCACACCAUCGGGGUUGCCUCUGAUGCCAAAAAGUCAUUAUCCGGAUCAGUUGAGCAUGUUGCGGCAACAAUAUGACCCCUCCGGAAUGAUGAAAUUCGACCCAAUGGGAAAAUACCAAGGACCACCACCUCCGUUUGGUUUGUCAGGAAGUCAACAGCAUUCCCACCAGGGUCCUAUGGCGCAUGGCCAACAAUCGACAUCCCAACAACCACAGCAGCAACCCCAAGACUUGAAAUAUCUUCCGCCGGAGUCGAUGUCAGCGUCAUCCCGGCUUGCAAUCACACCGAAUCAGGACAGCCAGGGAAGCAACAGUAGUUCACAACCCCCACUACAUGGCAGCAUAGCGUCACCUCAAUCCGGUCCUCCUCCGAACAUGCCCCCUAGUGGCUAUUCAGGUCACCCAGGCAUUGUAAAUCCUGGAUUGAUGCCCAGCAGUCAUCCAUCACUUCUAGGUUCGAAUUCGUCACCUGUACCGACAUCUCAAUCAAAUCAUCCAGCUUCGUCUUCGCAAGGAAUUUCUGGACCACAUCAACAACCAGGAGGACCUCUUCCAUCUCAUUCUAUGCACCCAUCGCAAACAGGACAACUGCCACCAUCAAUGCAGUCUCAGCAGCAGCAACCACCUCACAUGUUACCAAAUAGCAGUUUAGCAUCACACAUGCCAAGUAGUCCAUAUCUGUCCUCCUCCCAUCGGCAACCUCCACCAUCGUCGGAGAGCUCUCGACAUCAACCGAACACGCCAACAUCGAAUGCUACUUCGAACUCUACAUCGUCAACUGCCAACACAAAUUCUCAAUCUCCAGCACCAAUGCGUCCUUCCGAUCUGCCUCACCCGCGAGAUCUACAACCUACCCGCGCAUCUCCGAUAAAUUCCCUACUACAGGGAGUUCAUCCUUCGCACGGAAUGCUUUCACAUCCUCUUCCUCUUCACCUUGGACAUCCAGGAAUGCAACUACCGCCUCAUCAUCCAGCUCAUCUUGCUGGACCGCUGGGUCAUGCUGGAUUGCUACCGCCAAGCUUGGGUGGGCCUACUGGUGCUCUUCCGCUGCUUGGAGGACCAACGCCCUCAGCGCUUGGUAGUCUGAUGGAGGUAGCAGGAGCCGGACGAAGGUCACCUUCGGUUUCCAACAAUCCUCCCGGUCACCAUCCACCAACGUCGCUUCACCAGCCCAGUCCUUUGGCUCAAUCUCCCUCCACUCCCACUGCCCCAUCCAGCCUCAGUCGAUCCAGUCCCAGUGUUCAACAACCCGGUGGUCCUGGAUUUCCUUCCUCCCAUCAUCAUCGAUCAAGCUCGCCGGCCAACUCUGCCAAUUCCAGCCUCAGUCGGGCUAGUCCGAUGCAUCUAAGUCAUCAUCAACCGGGAUCUUCCGCUGCAGCAGUCGCCGCCGCAGCAGCAUCAGCCGAACGGGAUCGACAAAUAAUGCGCCAGCAAUCACCACACAUGACUCCACCACCGUCCUCCUCGGCAUCAACCUCCUCGCUCAUCUCUAGCCCGUUGAGUAAAAUGUAUAGUCAAUCUGGUCAACGGUCACCUCCACCGAAUCAUCCGUUCCGACCAGGAGCAUCACCUCCGGUUAUGCGACAUCCUCAGAUGCCUCUACCACUUCAAAUGACUGGACCGAUUCCUGGAAUGCCCGGUUCAGUAAUGCACCCAUCACAAGCAUAUCCCCUCGUGCACCCAUCGUUGUACAAUCCCCAUCAUCACAAUCCAUUUUUCGCUCCGUACCCAUACGGACCAGCAUAUGGUCCUGGAUUCUCGUACAUGAAACCUGCAGGAUCACCACUGGACAAUCCGAUGCUGCAUGGUCAUCCUACAAGCAUUCCACCACCGCGCCCGGAGGAUUCGCAAAUUCACGGUAACGCGCAUGAUAAAAACAAGGGCAAUUCAAAACCACCUCAAAAUUCGUCUUCGUCAUCUUCCUCGUUAUCUGGGUCGGGUUCGAAAACGCCCGGUUCUGCUGGAGGUCCAAACAGUAAUAACAAUAGCCAAAGUAGUAGCGGUCCUGGUGGACCAUCUCCUAGCAAUGUGGGACAUCCCGGCGGUCCGCUUAGUGGGAGUCCUUUCCAAGGUAACCCACAUCAUCCAUCGCCGUAUCCUCCUGGUCCGCACAAUCCCUUCAUCGAAAAUCAGCUGCAAGUCAGUGGCAAAACGAGCCACAUGGAUGCGCUACGGGCACAUGCACACGCGGCAGCCGGUGGUGUAGGGUUGGGACCUCCUCCGGGUCAUCCUGGUCACCAUCCGGGUCAUGGACCUCCACCUGGGCACCAUGGGCCGCCUCACCAUUCCCACCCGAAUGAACCGGUGCAUAUCGAAACGUUGGACAUUGAUCCAGACCCGGAGCCACCGUCACCGGUACACGAUGUUAACCGAGGACCCAGCCCCGAAGCGAAACCGGACGACACCGAGUGUCAUCGGUCGCAGUCUGCUAUUUUUGUUCGUCGAUGCGACCGAGGAGAUUACAACUCGUGUUGUAGGACGGACUUAGAGUUCAAACCUACGCCGGAUUCAAAACUAGCUCGUAAACGGGAGGAUCGUGAUCGCAAACUAGCCGAAAAAGAGCGCGAACGUAAGGCGCAGCAGGCACAACAGCAGCAACAAGCAGCGCAAGCCCAGCAACACCAGCAACAUCAACAGCAGCAGCAGCAGCAACACCAGCAACAGCAGGCAGCGGCAGCAGCUCAAGCGGCACAGCAGCAACAUGGAAAGCAAUCUAUUGGGCCCGGCGGUAUGGGAGGCCCCAUCGGUCAUCCAGGUCAUCCUUCAUCGCAACAGCAGCAGAUGAAGCCGGAUAUCAAACCGUACCCGGAUACGCCCGCACUGCGUCAACUCUCUGAAUACGCGAGACCUCACGUCGGUUUCAGUCCUGUGGAAACGAUGGUUCCAUCACCAUAUCAUCCACUUUAUAAUAGAGAAAGGGACAUCUUUUUUAGGGAGUUUGACGAUCUCAAGAAUCAGCAGGGUGUCGGCCCUUCACGGUUAGAACCGCACUGGAUGGAAUACUACAGGAUGAGGGGGAUGCAUCCAUCGCAGUUUCCGGCACUGUACGGCAAUCCGGCCGCCUUGGCUCAGCUUGAACGGGAGCGAAUAGGCUUGCCGCCACAUCUCAUUGGGCUAGAUCCGGCCGAUCCGAUGUUGCGCUUGGCUGGUGAAUACCACGCUCACUCCCAUACGCAUCUGCAUUUGCACUCGCAACAGCAGCAAGACACGGCGGCGGCAGCGGCGGCGGCGGCGGCUGGUUUUCAACUACCACCACCAAACGUACCUCCGUAUCCAAGACCGAACAUUCUGAUGCCGAGAGAUCCGCACUCGGAGGUGCUUCUGCGUAUGUCCUAUGAUCCGCUACAGCAGGCCGCUGAGUUCCAGCGUCAAAAUGCAUUAGAUCGCGCCCACUCGCUGCAUGAGCAGUACCUUAGACAACACGAGCGAGAAAUGAAAGUAAGAGCACUGGAAGAAGCGGCACGUGGCGGUAAACAUUGAGAAAACCAAUAGUGAGACACAGUAGGAAAGGGAUGGUGAGAGAAGAAAAGAGAUUAAGCAAUUAGGUACAACGUUUGUAUGUGUGUGUGCGUUUGUUGGGUAAACGUGUGUGUAAAUAUACUAAUUGUAGAGAAGGGGUGGGAACUUAGACCAGUACGAUUCGCGCAAAACUAACGAGGGAACCUACUUUGUCGAUAGGUUGCGCCCUGUAACAUGUGAGAACUCUCGAGGCACAAGUUGAAUUCACUGGCAAUACAACAACGUUAGCACGUAUUUAUUUAUUCAUGUUCAGCAAACGGACUUAAUAAAGACAAAGUUUAUUAAAUUUAAACGAAA